UUUAAGGCUUAAAGGAAGACUUGAACCGUCAGCAUAAAAUGGGGAAUUUAAAAAAAUUUAUUGGUUUUAUGACUUGGACACAUAAAAACCUUUUUUUUGUCUUCCUUUUUGUCUCCCCCUUUUUUGUCCUUUCAUUUUUCUUUUUUAAAGAUUUUUUUUGUUUCCUUGGGUAGAGGGCCGCUGUCUCGAGACUAAAAAUAAUUUUUUCUGUUUCGCUCUCUUCAAUUUCCGUGCUAUUUCCCUUCGAAAUUUAACGAAAUUUUUUCUCCUAGACUAAGGGGAUCUAUUGUCAUCUUGAGACUAGAAAAUAAUUUUUUCUUUGUCUCUCUUCAAUUCCCACACUAUUUUCCCUCAGAAAUUUCAAGGAAUUUUUUGUUUUCUAGGCUAAGGACUUAUUGUCAUCUUGAGACAAAAAAUAAUUUUUCCUUCUGUCUCUUCAAUUUUCACGAUAUUUCCCUUAAAAAAUUGAAUUUUCUUGGGUAGAUGAGCCAUUGCCGUCUUUAACCUUUCCUCUGUCUCUCUUCAAUCUCCACACUAUUUUCCCUAGUUGAAAUUUUGAAUUUUUGUUUUAGACAUUUUUGUCUGUCUUUUGCUUGUAGGGGGAAUUCUUAGAAAAAAAUUCUUUUUAAGCAUUCCAAAAUAGAAUUAAAAAAAUGUAUUUACUAGAAUAAUUUAUAAAAAAAAGAAAGAUUUUUUUUCUAAUUUAAUUCCGUGUAUGUGGUCGUUGUACAAAUAUAUUUUAGCUAAUUAAAUUUAUCGACAGAAAAAAAAUUUUUUUUUAAUUUUUUUUUAAUUUUUCUAAAUUUAUCCCUCCAAUAUGGAUUAAAUAAAAUUAGAAAAUAUAUUUAAAUAUUUAAUAAUUUAAAUAAAUUUCCUCAUAUGUUUAGGGGAAUUCACGUGGCGCUGCUGUGAAAAAAAAAAAUUUUUUGAGAAAAAAAUUUUUUUCUCCUCAUUUAUAAUUCGUUAUUUAAUUAAUUUUCUAAUUAAUUUUUAAUUUUUUAAUUUUUUCAGAGCCAAAGAAAAAAAAAUAAUUUUUAUUAAAUUAAAUUAACUAGACGAAUUUACUUCUUGUUUUAGACUAUUUGUAAAAAGAAGAAAUGCUUUGGAAUUUUGAGGAAAUCACCGAUUCUGGUGAAAAUUCUCUAGGCACUUCCUCUUCUGUUGAAACUGACCCGCUUUCGUCAAUGCUAGCUUCUAUAGUACGCCAAUCGCCUGUUGGGGGAAUUGAAAUUAGAGGUGGUGGGGGUGGACAUAUUAGAGGCUUAGAUUUUGACAUUGCCGCGGUCGAUCGUUCGCUUAUACCUCAUCCAAAUGACCAGCACCAACUUAUGGAACAUCAACACAACUUUUUGACAGGAAAUCCUGCUUCUAUGGUUCAGCGGGUAUUUUACUCAAUUUUUUUGUUUUUAAAUGUUAAUUGGGGGUUUUGUAUUGAGUGGGAAGCUCCAAGAUUAAAAAUGUUAAUUAAAGCAUUUUUUAGUUUUGAAGAUAAGGCUUAA